AUGUCGAACUGUACUGCCACGCCAACCUCUUUCUUCCUACAGAAAUACAAUAUAUUCAGCAAAAUAGACUCCUGCUUGGAUAGAUCUAUAGCGGUCCGUGCAAUUAUCGCCACACCCACGUGGCCCACUGGCCGUCUUUCCUGCUAUGUCGCGGCCGCUUGCGUGUUGCUAGCAGUGUACAUUAUCCGCCCAGCCGAGCAGCAGAAACCAAACUUCCCGUUUUACAAGGCGGCAAAGGCAAAAUGGAUUUUUGACGCAGAAAUACUGAUUCGACACAGUUACAACAAAUUCUAUGAUCGAGUAUAUCAAAUCAAGGCUACGGAAGGACUGCAAGUCCUUAUCCCGGCCAGGUUCAUAAGCGAGCUGAAGGGCUUGCCCGAGCAUAUAUUGAGCGCCACCGAGGCUGUCAACGAUGCUAUGCUGAGCAAAUACACAAAAUUCAGCCUCGGCCACAAUGGGGACAUGCUUUCUGCCGUCAUCCGCACCAAGCUGACGCAGAACUUGGCCCGCCUGGUACCUCAACUGCGGAAAGAGAUUGAGUAUGUCGUGGCUACGGAGUUCCCCACGUGUGACGCUGCAGACUGGACGCCCGUCAAGGUGCAUCCGUUCGGCCUCCGGGCUAUAGCCCGCCUCAGCGGCCGUGCCUUUGUCGGUUUGUCCAUUAGCCGCAAGGAGGAGUGGAUGGACACAAGCAUCAACUUUGCCAUUCACGUCUUUAUGGCUGUCAUCAGGCUGCAGUUCAUCCCGUCCUGGCUGCGUCCCAUCGGCCAGUAUCUUGUCACAGACCUGCGCCGGAUCCGCGCCGAUAUCACUCGCGGCCAGGCUAUGCUGCAGCCUAUCAUCGAGGAGCGUCUGCGCGAUAUGGACACUCCGGGGUAUGAGAAGCCUGAUGAUCUGAUCCAAUGGCUUCUCGACACGCUUCCGCCUAGCGAGCGCCAUGACUACCGUGCCCAGACUGAAAUGCAGCUGGUGCUGAGCGCUGCAUCCAUCCAUACGACUAACAACCUGCUGGCAGACUGCAUUUUCGACCUGGCUGCAUACCCGGGUGUGCAGGACGCGUUGCGCCAGGAAUCAAUUGAAGUGUUGUGUAACGAUGAGGCCUGGGCACGCAAGGACAGUUUGGCGCGCCUCAAGAAGAUGGAUAGCUUCAUCAAAGAGGUGCAGCGAGUUUCGGGCAACAUAACUGGAUUCAUUCGCAAGGUCAUGCGUCCAAUCGUCCUCUCUGACGGAACUCACCUGCCAUCCGGCACAAGGCUUUUGGCACCGCAAGCGGGAUACUCACAAGACGAGCGUUUUUACCCGGGUGCCGACGUGUUUGACCCAAUGCGAUUUUUCCAACAGCGGAGCGGACACCAGUUUCACUUUACGUCCAUUGGUGACGCAAAUAUGAACUUUGGCGCCGGCAAGCACGCGUGUCCUGGCCGCUUCUUUGCGGGCAACGAGAUCAAGAUGAUGUUGGCAUACUACCUUAUCAACUUUGAAAUGAAACUACAGCAAGGCCAAAGGCGACCAUAUCCCAUGAUGGUGAUGAUGUCCAAGACCCCUGACCCGAACGGCGAGGUGCUGUUUCGGCGACGAACGGUGGACCGGGUUGAUGGCGAUUGA